UAGGAGUGUGUGACCGAUAUAUAUAUAUAUAUAUAUAAAAAACAAUUUCACUGAGGUCUUAAGGUUAAUUAUUCCAUAAACGUCUUCUUGCCAGUUGUUAAAGCCAAUUUGCAUUUUGAAACUGUCCUGCCAGCUAGCUGUUCUUCUUACGAUUUCGCUCCGUGAAGUUUGUGCCAAGGGAUGUUUGCCAACUUUACACCACGAGUUCACCAACUCAAGCGAACAAGAGAGCAACUAGAACGGUCAUUGAAUCUCUUAAUCGAAACGCGAAACGAGCUUCGCAGCUUUCUUGACGACGAAAGCACAACCUCCAAAGAAUGGCGAGAUUUUCAAAUGGUUUCCGAGCGAGUGGAUCAGCUAAACGCUUCCGCUGUUCAACUAACAGAAAGAGCAAACAGCAAACUACAAAUCGCCUUUGUUGGCUCCGUGAGCGCCGGCAAGUCAACUCUAAUAAACACAUUACUGGGAGAAAAUAUCAUGCCCGUCACAAGGGGUGAAACAUCCUUUUGUAACGUGGCGAUCUCGGGGACUAUGGAUGACCAGUGGAAAGCGACUGACAGACGCUCCGGCAAAACGCUAGAUAUCACCGAAUUUAAACAUCUUCUUCACGUACUUAAAGCGAAAGAUAAGAGGGAAAGACUUGGCAUUACUCCUUCCAGCAUCAUAGAUGUUAAAUGGCCUUCAAGCCGAGCCAAAGCCCUGGUGGAAAGCGUUGUGUUAUAUGACACUCCAGGUAUAGGCGAACGUAAGGAUACAGAUGAUGCUGUUAUCGAUCUUUGCAAGACUGUAGAUGUGAUUAUCGCUGUAAUGGAUAUUCAUAGCCCUACUUUGCGAACGGUAAGAGAAAAUGAAAAUUAUAAUAUACUUCUAGACUGAAUCGUGUGCCCGUGACUUCCAUGUAAGAAGCCAGAGGAAACGACCGCUUACCUUGUCACGGUUGUCGACGCCAUCUUGACGAGUAGGCGAACGAGUUAGAAAUUACAGUGUUUGAAUGAUAAUCUAAUGUCGAAUAAUUUCCGUAGAACGGCUGUUCUGAAAAAAAUAUGAAUUGUAAACUAAAGCUUCACUCCUACGGAUUCUACAGAAAAAAUCGAAGGAUUUACAUGCGCUAGAAGGCCUAGAAAGUCCCGGGAGAAAUUACAGACAAAUAUAUGGAAAAUCUAAAGCAAGCCUCUGGAGAUAUUUAAGCACCGGUACUCGCCCCCAAUUUUUUUCUAGUACCAUCCUUUGCUUUGUAGCUUUAGUCUACAAUCCAUGUUGUUGUUGUUGUUGUUUUUUUUUCAGAACAGCCGUUCUACGGAAAUUAUUCGACAUUAGAUUCUCAUACAAACACUGUAAUUUUUUUACCCGUUUGCCUACUCGUCAAGAUGACGUCGAAAACCGUGACAAGGUCUAUAAGAAGGACUCUUUACUGACAUGUAUUUCAUAUAUACAGAAGUAUCACACACGAAGAAGCAAUAAAUUAUUUAUCUUACCAUAAGGGUAAGAUCAAACUGAUUCCUGAGCUUGUUCUUACCAGUUCAAAGUUCAUACUGGUCAGUAGAUUGUUAUUUGCAAUCGCCUGGAUCAUAUGGGCCGCCAUCUUGAUCAGUUAUACAAGGAUGGAAGAAGGGAGCCUCUUGACUGAUUGAGAAGAAACUACCGUAAAAUUCCGACAAUAAGACCCUCCAAAUAUAAGCCCCUCAAAAUCGUAACGCAAAAAACCCUCCGUUAAAUCGCCCCUCCGAAUAUAAGCCCCCCGAUUUAAUGGAAUUUGCUCUCGAAUACAAAGUAAAACAAAGCAAAAAUGGUAAAUUUCCUUCCCACUACAAGCUAGCCCAAUCGAUUUUGAAACGCAAAUUUCCCUCCGUACAUAAGCCCCUCCGAAUAUAAGCCCCUCCAAAAAUAAGCCCCUGAAAAAGGGCCUUUGAAAAAUAUAAGCCCCGGGGCUUGUUUUCGGAAUUUUACGGUAUCUAUCGCCUAUGGAAGUGAAUAUGGGAAGUUUGUAUAUCUGAGCUGCUGGGAAAGUUUUAACAAGUGAGAGAUGACUAGUGUUAGGCAAUUUUAUUAAGAGCUCAGGAAAUUUUCAAACAAUGUUCCUUUGGGAAGCAUUCAUUUGCUAUUUCGAAUUGCUGGUUUUGGACUAUGUGACUCUUGUUGCUCAAUUUUCCCUCAAGUUUAAAUUUUAUUAACCUCAGAGCCGUUUUCAAACUGAACAUCCCAGACAUAACAAGAAAUGAGAAACUUUGAAAAAAGGAUAAAAUUAAGCCACCAUAUUUUUCAUCCUUCGUUACAAUAAGCAGCUGCCUUUGAUACAGGUCAUUGACUUCGUGACGUCUGUAAACUGCUCCUUCACUCUUGGAGCCUUUACUAAGUGGGACAUGUUCAGAGGAGAUAACUUUUCUGAGGAGUAUGGAGAUGUAACAACAGAGGACAUCAAGGAGCGUUGUAUUACAGAUUUCAUGGAGGCUGUGGCGGACAGAGGAAAAGUCUAUUUUGUUGACUCUCAUUCACAGAGGAAAGCAAGAGCGCAUUCCUCUAUUAAGGUAAGUGUUACCCUCAGGGAAGAAUAUUACAACGUCUUAAAGCAAUAUAAAACCUUUUAAAACAUAAGAGAAACGAAUACCAUAGCCGACAAGGUCUGUGAACUUGAAAAUACCGUCGGACACUCGGACAGUAAGAGCUUUUGGAACUCUUUGGAGUCAAUAGACGACACGAUGAAGGAAAUCUACACCCCUCCAAUUUCUGAAGGGAGAUGGAUGUCCCACUCUCAAUCUCUACACUUGAAUGAACCCCUUAAUGAACAUUAAGAGGCAAUUAUUCAUGAGUUGCAGAAUGUAGUGGAUAUUACUACACGAUCUCACUCCUUGGAUUACCUCAUUACUGAAAAUGAAAUUCGCAAAAACAACAAUUCUUAUAUUUCAGACAAACUCAAAAACGAAAUGACCAGAUCUAGCCUAAACUAAUAGGUGCCUGUUUAUCUAAAACUAUUUAACACGGUCUUCGACUUACUAGGAACUAUACCCCAAACGUGGUGUGAUGGCCCUAUAUUACACCAAGUCUUCAAUUUAGCAGUAAAAACGAUCCAUCAAACUACCGGGGAAUUUGUAUUUCCAGUUGUAGUGGAAAACUAUUUUGCUCAAUUCUCAAUCAGAGACUUCUUAAACACGUUGACUAGCAUAAUAUACUUCACAAGUCUUAAAUUCAAAUUUUUAACAAAUAGAUUCCAUGUUGCCGUGCAUCUGUUCAGUAAUAAAAUCACAGAUGAAGUCAAAAUGUUGUAAAACAAAGAAGUGGCACACGAGCCACAGGCGAGUGUGCCAACUAUUGUUUUUUCUUUCUUCUUUUUCUUUCUUGUUUUUUCUUGCACAAGGGAGAAUAAUGGCGAAAACAUUUUGCAAAACAGCGAGUCUCUCGUAGAGAGGACACACGAUGGCCACUGUUGCGAAGAUUCCGUUUCUCCAUUUUUCUUCUUUGUAAAUAGCUCCUGCUAAACUUUUUCGAGGUUUUCACUCGCUUGAAUCCAAAAAAAUCUCACAAACAUUUUCAAAACCGCGCGUUAUGUUGAAUAAAACAAAGAAAACAAAUUUCCCGUGACGUCAUCCAUGUAUCUAUACUCUAACAGAUCAUGGGCAACGACCAAUCACAUCGCGCGUAGCAAUUGCAUCAUUGUAAAACAAAUAAUAGAACAGCACUUUGAACAUUAAUAAAUAAAUAUGUCCAUUGCCACUAGGAGAAAAUAUAUCCGUGGUUUGUAGACUUUAGGAAAGCCUUUGAUUCGGUUUAGCAUGAUGGGCUUCUCUAGGGUUAUCUUAAAUCAAUGUCUUGCGGAACACAUCGGACAGACUAAAGGAGCCUUAAGAGACAGAUUUGUAGAACACCGCAGAGCGAUACAAAACAAAAUUGACGACGCCGUACCACAGCAUUUUUAUCAACCCGGACACCAACUUAAAGACAUCGAACUUAUCAACGCCAAAAGAGAAUCCAUACGUAGAGCCCGCGAACGUUCUUCCAUUGAAAAGGCACAAACUGCAGCCACAGGGAAUAAACAGAGAGGACGACCGUUAAACCAUUUGUGUACUCAUUGAUUUCAUUAUUAUUAUAUUCUUUAUUUCAUUUUAGUUUAUUUUAUUAUUAUUCUUAUUACGAUUAUGAUUAUAUUUGUUUAUAUAUUUUUUAUUAUUUCCAAUAUUUUUAUUAUUUAUUAUUUAUUUUUAUUAAUUUUAAAUUUUUACCUCUUAUUUUAUUUUAUUAUUUUAUUUAUUUUGUUAUUUGUUUUUUUAAGUUUUCCAGUUACCAAACUCAUUUGUCUUAAUCGUUUCUAAUUAUUGACCCAUUUAGUUUUUUAAAUUACCUUUGUAUCAAAUUUCCAAUUGCUACUCUUAAAUAAUGACCUCAAUUAGUACUUUCGUGCUAACUACAUCAGUGUUUUUUUUUUUUAAAAAAUGGGUGAAAGCACAAGCAAGGAUGGAGCGAGUCCUUCCAACCGACAAAGAUUAACUCCACUUCAUCUUUACCCGUUCUUAGCUAAAGUCACUUUGAACAAUUUUCAAAACUUUUGCGGGAUUUCGCCAAACUAUGAUAUUUUGGCACGUUGAAAUUUUUAAUCGGUGCUAAAUCCUGGUCACACUGCCCCUUAAUCUUAAACUCCCUGUUUUGUAAAUGCCAUCCUACAUUCAAAGUUAUACUUAAUUCAAUUGUUUGGGUUUUGUUUCAUCACAUAUUCACCUUACACAAAUCACUUUUUUUUGACACCCACACGUAGAAAAAUCAAAAAAAUUUAAACCAAGUGUAAUUGAAUAACAUCAUCAUCACCAUCACCCUCAUUUACUAGCCCUUUCUCAGACUGAUCACAGAAUAUAUGCCUUAAAAUGCUUUUCUGAUUACUGAAUAAACUGACCAACAAACUGCCCAUGAAGGUCUUAGCCAUUAGUGCAGAUCUUUAUCUCCGGCAUAAAUGCCCUGGUCACUGACUUGCAAACUUUAUUUGCAGAUUGAAACUACGCCCACUCACAGUACGCAGUUCACAAGUUCCAAAUCAGCGGAAGAAACUGAAGGUUCAAAAGGAUUUGAAGAAUUUGAACGAAACUUGAUCGAAGCCUCAAAAGGAGCCCUAAAGUUUGACACGUUGAAGUACGACCUGCAAAAAUUUGUAGAGGAAGCAAAGACCCAAUCAGCUAACUUGGGUAGAAUAAUGGAUCAACGCAAACAGCAACGAGUACAGCGAGUCUCACGAAGGAUGAGGAACAUCUCUGAUGCAGAAACAACCAUAAACACCCAUCUCUCGCAAAUUUCAGGCGCCCUUAUUGACGUCAUGGGGCGUCUUCAGCAAGACCGCGAAUUGAGGGCAUUCAAAGAUCAAAUAGAACGCGAUCUGCGGAACCGAGUUUCAACGAAGAAUGCUUUAGAAAGGUGUCGAGAUGGCCUUAACCAGCGACUACAGGAGAUGGUGGAACAAGACAGAGAGCUGAAGACGCACUUAGAUGAAAUAUGGAAUUGUUUGACGCAAGUCGCAGAUGGGCCAGGCAGACUGUCUCUCCAACUGAAUCAGCCCAUGUGGAGAAGCGAAGAUUUCCAACUGAACGAGAAUUCUUUCCAGGAUAAUAGUUUACGUUCAUGCUUGGUUAACCCAAGUUUGCCAGCCAGAAUGAUAUGUUAUGGGCUGCUCGGAGCAAUGACUGUUGGGGGGAACGCGGGUAAGUGUUGAAAGUGUUCUCCUAUCGCUGAAGAAUUACUUAAAUACAGCUCUUGUUUUCUUAUUUCGUCACAACUAAACAAUUUGCAUUACGGAUAAAACUGUGACCCAUUACAAAUAAAAAAUGAAAGCCAUAUUGCAAAAUUAAUCCACCAAAAGCUAACGAGAUGAUCAAUGUCUCCUAGACACUACGUUCUAGUUUUAGACAGACAGCGUAUUUCGAUAAAAAUGGUUGUUUGUUAAAAUUAUGACAUCCAGGGACGUUUGUAAUUAUUUUAUUGCUGUUGAUGUUUCAAGCAUCUUCAACCUGAAUUAAUAAACACAUAACUAUAACACAAGACCUUACGGUUUUUUGUCAUAUCCAGCUCUGUUUUCUGCGGUUGGAUUUCCAGUGUUAAACAGUGUAUUACCUUGUACCGAUGUCUCGGAGUGGUUGAAGUAUGUUUGGCCCACAAGCGAUCAAGAGAUUAAAGCAGUCCAGGACUUCUUUGUAAACAAGCUCAGGAAUAUACACCAGGUAUGUUAAAAAAUUGCUUAUCCCAUUGGCUAUGUACACCAUGGGUAUUAUUUCCCGAAAAAAAUCCCUGGGACGCUUCGGCCUUCACAUUUUUCCGCCAUACACAGACCAGAUAGUGGUCGUGAUGAGUGCAUGAGAUAAAUUAUUAACUAUGCGAUACUUUCUCGUGGUACACCAUGAAUUUUCCACUUCUAACUUGAUUUUUCGUGUCAUGAAAAACUCAAGAAAAAACUCUCAAUUAUCUUCACUGCAAGUCUUAAUAUCAUUCAGUAUAUUACCGCUUUUUGCAAAACAGGGGCUCCCCCGUAGCUGAAAUAGGUUUUGCCCCAAAACAGCCUGAAGUGUUUAUAUGGGGAACUUUCAAUACGGUGGAUCGAUAUCUUGGAGAUAGAAAUUCAAGAUCUCAUCUGGCCUGGUUCACUCCCCACUUGAAUUCAUUAAUGCAAAGAAAAUUGGAGUGAAGCAAGAUCCGCGGAUAAACCGAGCCCUGCGGAGAAAGCCUGACAGAAUGCACUUGAAUUAAGUGAACCUGACGACCAGGCAAUGAACGCUCACUGAAAUCGUAAGAAAAAUGUUGCUUUACACACUGAUCUCGGUGUGGUCCAAAUGAACAACAACAAAAGCAAAUGACAACCCGUGUAUUACACUGAAACAAAGCUGUAUUGCUGAUGUGAUGGGGCGCACGGCUACUUUAAAAUCAGUCAAUAAUGCAGACGUAUAUGUAUGUACUAGAAAUUUGGUGUGAUUUAAACAUUAUAGCAUGUUUUCUUAAAUUGAAGAUAAAUCUGUUUAAUAUAGAGAGUAUUUUUAUGAAAAAAGUGUACUCGAAUGUCGUUAUUAUUCAUUAUAGGAGAAAACGCAAGAAGUGGCAAUUGAUGGAAUAAGUGGCCUGAAAGAAACAUCUAACUUGAGAAUUCGCGGAGUCAAGAGAUCGCUUGAGGACGACCUGAGGUUUAUUCAAGAUGGGGACAACUUCUUAAACAAACGAAUAAGAGUAACAAAUACCUUGCAGAAUACUUUCGAGGGAUUUGAAGAUAAAGUUCAGGAUAUCUGACAAUCUUGAAAGACAGCCUCCAUUUCA